AUGACCAAGUUUCUGUUGCCUCCAGAAGUAGAGGAGUAUAGGGCUGUCUUCGAACAGACACAGGUAGAGUCGAUUCGCCUGGAAGCUAAGAAAGGUCACACAGGACCCUAUGACAGUAAGUUUGGCGGAGAGCCCUACUUUCCAUUGGGUUUUCAAUAUCCAUUGGAUGAAGACGGAAGGCCAAUGAAGUUGCUUGCUCAAAUCAAUUUUGAAGAUAUGCCUACUUUGGAGAAUUAUCCGCAGUAUGGUAUUCUCCAGUUUUACCUUACUACCAAUAAUGAGACAUAUGGGCUCGACUAUGAGCCGCCACACCAACAAAGAUAUUUUCGUAUACUUUACUUCGAAGAAGUUUUGGGAGAUGAGGAGAAGAUAGUAUCAGACUUUUCCUUUCUUCCCGAAAAAAAACCGAAUGAUGAAGACUUUCCCAUCGAAUCUGAAGCAAAGGUCACGUUUGUGAAGCAGACUGAAAUCAUUUCACCAUUUGAUUACCGUUUUGACAAGACUGUUACCGUUCCUUCAACAGUUUGGAAUGUGGAUGUCCAAUGCAAAUAUGAGGAGAUGCAAGAUGCAUUUCACCACAAAAUCGGCGGCUAUGGUGCCUUUGUCCAACAAGACCCGAGAGAAGAAAGUCGCAUAGACUACUCACAUUAUACGCACCUGCUAUUUCAAAUCGCUUCAGAAGAUGAGAUCGAUUGUUGUUGGGGUGAUGGGGGAGUAGCGAAUUUUUUCAUUACGAGGGAAGAUCUAAAGAACAAAUGUUUUGACCACGUCCUAUACAAUUGGGAUUGCAGUUGA